UUGGAUAUUCCGCAGCAUUGAUCCAACAUCAGAGGACAAGAGAAGUCAUUUCAGUGUUCUAGAAGUCGCAGUGGCUUUACAGUGAAGUAAAACCCCUGAACACAAGAGAAGUCAUUUCAAAGGCCAAUUCUUGUUUGGAAUCUGACAAAAGUUUUACAAUGGAGGCAAAGCUCAUCAGACAUCAGAAGGUUCACAAUGCAGAGAAGCCAUAUCAGUGUUCUGAAUGUGAUAAAGCUUUUACAUAUAAGUCACAACUUAUUUUACAUGAGAGGGUUCACACUGGAGAGAGGCCAUAUCAGUGUUCUGAAUGUGACAAAGCUUUUCAAACAAAAAGACAUCUUAUUAUACAUGACAGGGUUCACACUGGAGAGAGGCAAUAUCAGUGUUCUGAAUGUGACAAAGCUUUUCAAACAAAAACACAGCUUAUUGUACACCAGAGGAUUCACACUGGAGAGAAGCCAUAUGCAUGUUCUGAAUGUGGCAAAGCUUUUAGAGAGAAGAUAUUACUAAUCAGACACCAGAUGAUUCACACUGGAGAGAAGCCAUAUCAGUGUUCUGAAUGUGAUAAAGCUUUUAAAACAAAAACACAGCUUAUUGUACACCAGAGGAUUCACACUGGAGAGAGGCCAUAUGAAUGUUCUGAAUGUGGCAAAGCUUUUAAAACAAAAGCACAUCUUAAUGCACACCAGAGGAUUCACACUGGAGAGAAUUCAUAUCAGUGUUCUGAAUGUGAUAAAGCUUUCACAACAAAAGCAUAUCUUAAUGUACACCAGAGGAUUCACACUGGAGAGAAGCCAUAUCAGUGUUCUGAAUGUGGCAAAGCUUUUACAGAGAAGAUAAUUCUAAUCGCACACCAGAGGGAUCACACUGGAGAGAGGCCAUAUGAAUGUUCUGAAUGUGGCAAAGCUUUUACAGAGAAGAUAAUUCUAUUCGCACACCAGAGGGUUCACACUGGAGAGAGGCCAUAUCAGUGUUCUGAAUGUGAUAAAGCUUUCACAACAAAAGCACAGCUUAAUGUACACCAGAUGAUUCACACUGGAGAGAGGCCAUAUCAGUGUUCUGAAUGUGACAAAGCUUUUCAAACAAAAACACAUCUUAAUAGACACCAGAAGAUUCACACUGGAGAGAAGCCAUAUCAGUGUUCUGAAUGUGACAAAGCUUUUAAAUUAAAAGCACAUCUUAAUAGACACCAGAGGAUUCACACUGGAGAGAGGCCGUAUCAGUGUUCUGAAUGUGACAAAGCUUUUAAAACAAAAACACAUCUUAUUGCACACCAGAGGAUUCACACUGGAGAGAAGCCAUAUCAGUGUUCUGAAUGUGGCAAAGCUUUUCAAACAAAAAAAUUUCUUAAUGGACACCAGAGGAUUCACACUGGAGAGAAGUCAUAUCAGUGUUCUGAAUGUGAUAAAGCUUUCACAACAAAAGCACAUCUUAAUGUACACCAGAUGAUUCACACUGGAGAGAGGCCAUAUCAGUGUUCUGAAUGUGGCAAAGCUUUUCAAACAAAAACACAUCUUAUUGCACACCAGAGGAUUCACACUGGAGAGAAGCCAUAUCAGUGUUCUGAAUGUGGCAAAGCUUUUCAAACAAAAACAUGUCUUAAUGGACACCAGAGGAUUCACACUGGAGAGAAGCCAUAUCAGUGUUCUGAAUGUGGCAAAGCUUUUCAAACAAAAACACAUCUUAUUGCACACCAGAGGAUUCACACUGGAGAGAAGCCAUAUCAGUGUUCUGAAUGUGGCAAAGCUUUUCAAACAAAAACAUGUCUUAAUGGACACCAGAGGAUUCACACUGGAGAGAAGCCAUAUCAGUGUUCUGAAUGUGACAAAUGUUUUUCAUGGAGAACACAACUUAUUGUACACCAGAGGGAUCACACUGGAGAGAAGUCAUAUUAG